ACGGGUGCCACUCGCACCGCACGCGUGAUAUCGGCGUACACCCGCACGCCUUUUCUUCGCGCGAUCAGGACGAACAGGACGAGGAACACAGCGGGAACCCAUCCGCGACGAUUUCUUCUUCGCUGUUCCUUUUUUUUAGCAGAAUCACACUAGGCAGAAAAAGGAUUUGUAAGAAAAAAAGCAGAACUCUCCAGGGGAGAGCUAUCCAUCAUCGGGAUUUAACGAUUGACAUGUAUACGGUAUAAUAAUCGUUACAUUUAAAUAUCGCAAUGUGGAGAACUCAUCGAUCAAUUUGCGUGCUGCCAAUUAUCUGGAUAUUCAUUGUAUUAAAUUUGUUAAUUAAUGUUUCAGCGCAAACAAUCGUUGGUUGCAAUGGUGGUUUAGGUAGGGUUGUUUACGAGAGACUUCCAGAUCAACAACUUCAAGGUUUCGACGAUGAUGUGGUACGAGACUCGGCGGCUCCAUUUAGGGUUCUGGAAAAGUGUCAAGACCUAUGUCUGCGCGAUAGAACGGCGACGAAUAACUUGGUCCGCGCGUGUACAAGUUUUGACUUUCAACCUGGCAAUAGAAUUGCAUCCUUCAGCGGCGCGGCCGAGUACGAGGAGAGUACUUGCUAUUUAACGAGGGAACAGGCGCAGCCCGAGGGCAUCGGAAAUCUCAUGCUCGUACCGAAUAGCGUGCAUUUUACCGAAGUGUGCCUGACGUCUGAUAGAAUAGAGAGAGAAUGCCCAAAACGUCGUUACGUAUUUGAGAGGCAUCCGAGAAAGAAGCUGAAGCUACCCUUAACGGAUAUUAAAGAAGUCAGUGCUGCGAACAGAACCGAUUGUGAAGACAGGUGUCUUAAUGAGUUCAGUUUCGUCUGCCGAUCAGCGACGUACGAUACUGCCUUGAGAAGUUGUUCUCUCAGUCGUUUUACAAGAAGAACUCAUCCCGAAUUACUAGAGGAUGAUCCGAAUUCUGAUUAUCUGGAAAAUACUUGCCUCAAUGCCGAACGACGAUGUGAUGGCCUCGCCGUGUUUGUUAAAGAAGAAAAUAAACGUUUACGUGGUCCCUUUGAGGUAGAUAUUUACACAAACCUCACUUUGGACGAGUGUCAAGCGCUAUGUCUUAGAGCAGAGAUAUAUUUCUGCCGAAGCGUCGAGUUCGACGAGCAAACUCGGCAGUGUGUUAUAUCUGAGGAAGAUUCGGUUUCACAAAAGGACGACAUUGGCAUCAGUAGCAGUCCUAGCCAUCACUUUUAUGAUCUCGUCUGUUUAGAUAAUCAUCCGUCCGUAGCGCGCGGUUCCGAAUAUCCGGACAGCAGCUCGUCGUCCCACCUCUUCUCUGACGGUCGACGUCCAGACACGGCCUUCCAGCGUUACCGGAACUCGCGUCUGAGCGGUGAGUUUCAUUCGGAGAUUACUGGCCGCAGCCUCAGCGAAUGUCUUGACGAGUGUCUCCGGCAAACGAGCUUCCAAUGUCGCAGCGCCGUUUACUCCGAGCAUUAUCACACCUGUCGAUUGAGCCGAUUCAAUCAGCGAGAUGGUCACAGGAUUAUCUACGAUGCUGAUUACGAUUAUUACGAGAAUCUCAUGCAUCAAUAUCUAGACGGCGAUCGAGAUGGUCCUGGAUACAGACCGGAUCCUCUGGGACAGGACACAAACUUUGGACGACCCUCUUUAGGAAGACCGGGAUACCCGGACGAUUAUGAUAAAGGAUACUCCAGCAGCGUCAAACCGGAUCGUUAUCCCGAUCGUUAUCCAGAUCGUAUCCCAGAUCGUAUUCCAGAUCGUUAUCCAGAUCGUUAUCCAGAUCGAUACCCAGAUCGCUAUCCAGAUCGUUACCCCGAUCGAUACCCCGACCGUUAUCCCGAUCGUCGUCCUUUAGACGACAGGUAUCCGGACAUCAGAUAUCCUGGACAAUUCCCUUCGAGCGAUUCGGACAAUUAUCCAGACCGAUACCCUGUCGGCGAUCGAUAUCCCGAUAAAUAUCCUGCUGGAGAUCGUUAUCCCACAGGAGAUCGUUAUCCUACAGGAGAUCGUUAUCCCGCAGGAGAUCGUUAUCCCGCAGGAGAUCGUUAUCCCAUAGGAGAUCGUUAUCCCACAGGAGAUCGUUAUCCCACAGGAGAUCGUUAUCCUUCUUCUGAUCGUUAUCCAGUUGGAGACCGUUAUCCAAUUUCAGAUCGGUAUCCGAUUUCCGAUCGAUAUCCCAUUAGAGGAGGAGAUCGUCAUCCUAUCGGCAGCGAUAGAUAUCCUACACCCGAUUCCGGAACAUUAGACAGAUAUCCUGUGAAUGGCCGAUAUCCUGUAAUACACGGUGUUCGAUAUCCAUCAACUCCGAGUCGGUAUCCCGUCGACGUCAGCGAUCGAUACCCAAAUAUGAUCGAUCGUUAUCCUCUCUCAGAAGAUCCUCAGGUGGAUCGAUAUCCUUCGGCAUUAGGUGGCGAUCGAAUCCCAAUUGAUCGGUAUCCAGCCACUGGCAGAUAUCCUGACAAGGAUCCCUAUGCUAAUCGCAGGUAUCCGCCGCCAGGACACGGAACGUAUUCGCACGGAUUCGUCGAUGACGGUCGCGGUCCUCAAAGCUAUGGUCCCGAGCCGCGUCCUCAAUAUGGUGGCGGACCUUAUGGUCCAGCUGCGCGACCCGCUGGAGGCUACGGUGGCGAUGGCGGUGGAAUCGUGGGUGGCGGAUAUAUAGGCGAAGGUGGUGUGUAUAACUCUCGUCCGUUUGGUACCGCCGGCGGACCCAUCAUAGGCAGACCUCCGUUAAUAUCCAGAUGCGAUGAGCAAGAUAACUUUAGACAAGUUGGACCUCACACUAGGGUGCGAAAGCCAUUUGUCAGACGAUAUACCACUGCAUCAUCGCUAGCUCAGUGCGAGAGAGAAUGUGCCGAUGCUAGAGACUUCGUUUGCAGAUCCUUCAAUUACCGGCCCUAUGCCGCACCUUACGGGGCCGAGAGGGACAAUUGCGAGCUCAGCGACCGGGACUCCAGGGACAUGGAGAUGGGCAGCCCAGUUUAUUACGACACAGGCUCCGACUACGACUUCUACGAGAGAAACAACGGUCGCCAAGGCGUAGAUGGGGAAUGUCUGGACGUGAGUCAAGUCUGUAGCGAGGAUGGGAUGGAAUUUACUCUGAGAACACCGGAGGGAUUCAUUGGACGAAUUUACACAUACGGAUACUACGAUCGGUGCUUCUUCCGUGGAAAUGGCGGGACUGUGAAUGUGCUUCGUAUCAGCGGACCACAAGGAUACCCCGAGUGCGGCACGCAGAGAUACGGCGAUACGAUGACAAACAUCGUGGUGGUGCAAUUUUCGGACUAUGUGCAAACCGGACGAGAUAAGCGAUUCAAUCUGACGUGCCUAUUUCGAGGACCUGGCGAGGCUGUCGUCACAUCCGGCUACAUCGGUGCCGGGUAUGCCAGAUCAGGGUCUCCCAUCCCCAUUGAAUACCUCCCAGCGGAAAACACCCUAAGUUCCAAAGUACGCUUGAUGAUUCUUUAUCAAGGUAGACCUACGACCACUAUCGCUGUUGGUGACCCUCUUACUUUCAGACUUGAAGCUCAGGACGGAUACAAUUACGUAACAGAUAUAUUUGCUACCAAUGUUAUUGCAAGAGAUCCCUAUUCUGGUAGAAGCGUUCAACUGAUAGACAGAUACGGCUGUCCAGUGGACAACUACGUGUUUCCGGGAUUGGAUCGCCUUCGUGACGGCGACAGCCUCGAGGCCCGCUUUAACGCCUUCAAAAUACCCGAAUCAAAUUUCCUGGUGUUCGAGGCGAACGUACGAACGUGCCGUGAUGGCUGCCAACCGGCGUAUUGCUCCGGUGGUACCGGUAGAAGCGAACCGUCCUUCGGCAGACGGCGAAGGGACGCAAGUAAUGAUACGGUAGCGGAUGAGAACGAAAUGUCACCGAUAACCGUGAUGGACGGUGGUACCGAGAAUGCGUCAACGAUUCUUAACGCGACCGGCAUCGUGGGCGAUGAACCCGAGAACGAAGAGGACAAGGAAGAGGAAGAGCAUGUCAGAGAAAUGAUAGAGGUUCUCGAUUCGAGAAUGGACAUUGAAGAUGAAACUGUCGUCGAAAGACAAACCAAGAUCUCGGAAAAUAUUUGUAUAACACAAAAUGAAUAUUACGGAUUAGUUACAGCAGUGGGAAUCCUCGUCGUUCUCUUGGCGUCCGUCGUUUUUUUGUCUAUGCUCGUUUACAGAAAAUACGUUUAUUCUGUGAUCAUGAAAAAUCGUAGACUCGACAAAACCUGCAACCGCAGCAAUCAUUCCGAUGAGCCGUACAGCAGCCGAGUCAACAACUUUUCUUUCAUGAGGACAGGUCUUCAGAAACCAUUUCAGGCCUCAUCGAUUUCGAGAUCAAUGAGCAACGCCAUCAGCCAACGUUUUGCCUCGUCGUCUACAGCUCUGGAAGGUGCUGUGGGAUUAUCUACUGGACGACGUACCGGUUUUGAUCCGAGCGAACCAAUCUAUACCGAUCCGUCACUCUUUGAGGUCACCCGUUGCUCGAACACCGCGAAAUCGACCCUCAACGACAACUUUCAUCUUAUGUAGAACAAAUCAAGAAGAUCGAUCUUAAAAUUGCAUAUAUAUGCUAUCCUCGCUCUAUUUAUUUACUUUAGCAAACGUUAUGAAAUCGACUAACGAAUCCGCGAUAAUUCAGUAUCCAUUACUAUUACGACCUAUAUAUUCUGUCACUAGUCAAUACUAACACUGCCAAUUUCACUGCUGAUGAUCAAGCUAUCAAGCACUUAUCGAUGAAUGUUCAAAUGAAUUUCAAAUAUCUAGAUCGAUUUUCAUUAUCUCAUACAUCAAAUGGAUAAUUUAAUUUAGAAUCUAUAUCUUUUUUAUAUACGUAACAUGAACACUGUAGCAGUUAAAAAUAUCGUUUUACAAAGAUAUUCCCUAAAAUGCUUCAAAAAUAUCAAUAAUAAUGU